AUGCCUGGUCCCAAGGAGCCAAGAUGCGAGGAGAUAAAUAACUAUCUCAAGCCCAUGGUAGACAAGAUGAAACAGUUGUAUGUUGGAAUGCGAGUCCUGACCUACAAGUGCCCUUCUGGUGCUAAUGUCUGUGCUGUCUUGCUGAUGGUUGCGUGUGACAUCUCUGCUGCCAGGAAAACAAGUGGAUUUACAGCCCACAAUAGUAUAUGUGCGUGCUACAAGUGUACAACCCAGUUUCCCAGAUUGCCCAACACAAAUCAGGUGGACUUCAGUGGAUUCGAUUAUUCGCUUUGGAAUAUUCGUAGCAGUGUAGAGAACAGGUUGCAUGCUAAGGAGUGGAAGAGUGCGAGUACACCCUCAGAAAGGCACCAGCUGGAGGUCGAAUAUGGUGUUCGAUGGUCGCAGUUGCAACACCUUGGAUACUUUGAUCUAGUACGUAGAACAAUCAUUGAUCCCAUGCAUAAUUUAUUCCUGGGGACGCCCAAGAGAAUGAUGGACUGGUGGGUCGAUAAGAAAACGAUUGGAGCCAAAGAGUUUGCUGCCAUGGAAAAAAUCGCAGAGACAAUGGUCCUUCCGAGGGAUUAUACAAAGCUGACUUUGAAGAUUGGAAAUGGCUUUCCUUACAUGAAAGCCGACGACUGGAAAUCCUGGGUACUGGUGUAUUCUCCUGUUCUGCUGCAUGGUGUUCUACCAUUUGAAAUGUACAACAACUGGAUGAAUUUUGUCCAUGCAUGCCACUAUCUUAUCAAGCCAAGCAUCACAUUUGAUGAAGUGAACAGUACCCAUGACUAUCUGGAAAUGUUUUGCAAAAAGGCUACCAAACUCUACACUCCCACCAUCCUCACCUGCAACAUGCAUCUGCACCUCCACCUUCGCGAGACCAUUCGUGAUUUUGGACCUGUGUACGGUUACUGGCUCUUUGGGUUUGAGAGAUACAAUGACCUGUUGAAGUAUAUCAAGACAAAUGGAAAAGAUAGUUUUGAGGCAACAUAUAUGAGAAGUUUUGUUCAAAACGCAUUCAAGGGUGACUAUGCCAAUGCUGUUCUGAAAAGUUCUAGCCAUGUCCCCUUUUUCAACAUUCUCUCAAAGCUUUCUUUGAAAUUCACACCUACUACCACAGUCAUUACCCUCUCCUCCCAUUCAUUCCGAUUGCAAUCAUUCUUACUAGCAUUGUCCAACCCACAUCUUUCUUCAAAGGGUAAUGAACCUCUCUCUCUUUCCACUUUUUCUCUUCAGCUAAAAAAAUCAUCACUGAUGGAUGAAACCAACUAUGCCCAUCUGCUUCAGCACUACAAAACAUCCUAUGAUCUUCCUGACCUUGUCAGUUACCAAUAUGCCACGCUCACCAACUCCUUUGUUGACAAUGAAAUCACAAAGUUGAAGUUCAUUGACUUACUUGGUCAACAGUACCAUGGUAAAAACGGUUCAGCUAGUUGUGGUUCUCUUGUCCACGUAAUGUUUGUUGGUAGUGACGGUAGAAAUACCCUAGCCUAUGCUGGACAAAUACAAUAUCUCUUCACACACUCCUUUACACACCCUUCUAACAGUAAUCUCCACCUGACUCGCAUGGUUCAUGAUCAUCAACAUGUAUUCGCAUAUAUCAAGUGGUUUAAUACUUCCUCUGAUAGAUCGCGUGAGGAUGACAGUCUUGAGUUUUGUCUCCCCACCUUCUCCCCCAAUAGUCGCCAUUGCAUUGUACCUGUGCACCGCAUCUUUUUAGAGAUUGCUACAGCCAGGAUUACUACAAGUAGAAAUGUUAGUAAGAUGUUAGUAAUUGCUUUGCCAAAAAAGCUUUAUGCUUAA